CUUCGAACUGCCCAAGGAGGUAUUAAUACAGAAUUUAGUGAUGGUAGAAAUUUGGACGCAAUGAAAGAGCUUCUUGUUAAUAGUCCAAAUUAUACUAAUGAAAUUCCAAGGGUUGAAAUUGGUAUUUGUAGAGAUAAGGUAUACAGUUUUGAUACGAGGCGACUGUUAGCCCAUACGUUGGCCAAAGAACAAAAUCCUGGAGUAUUUAUUAGGUAUAAAAAAAUAUCGGGUGAGCAUUUGCAGAAAAGAAUCGAUAAGAUAUUUUCUCCACGUCCAUGGAAUGGAAUUGUUACAGCAAUGAGAUAUGGAGGAAAAAAUUCAGAAUCUCAACCCUAUAUUAAUCCUCCAUUAAGACCACAGCUUGAAAACAGUGUUGGGAAAGGGUUCAAAUAUUUUCCAAAUGUGCGGAAUGGGGCCGAUACAGAUCCGAAUGGAUUUCCUAUAGUUAAGAAAAAAGCUGAAAAAAUUUAUUCUUUUUUGCAAGAAAAAGAUAAAAAUGGUUCAGAAACUGCUAAGAAAAUUUUAGAGGAAACAAAAAACACUUUAAAAUCUAAAGGGCCAGAAGCUGCUCGGAAUUACCUCAUUGCUCAAAAAGAAGUGCAAUCAUUAUUUGAAAAGAAUGAUCAAAUUCAGUUUUCUUCGACUUUUGAUUUAAAAAAGCCCUUUGAUCAGGGUGCACCCUAAAAAACAAAUGAGAGGAUGGAUGCAGUUAGUGUCGCAAACAUUGCAACACAUACAUGUAUAUUAACUUUACAAUUUAUAAUAAAAUUUUAAUUUUUAAAUUUCCAAAGUAACACAAAUAAAUAUUAUUUAAUCUACUUUAAUAAAAU